AUGCCUUCCGGCCGCAGGUCUGGACGCUUCAAAGGUCCUAGGGCCGUGUACGUUGAUGAUCCAUUCAAAGCAGCUGGGAUUAGUGAUGAUGAGGAUUCUAUCAAAAAGGAAAGUCCUGCCAAGGGGAAAAAGAAACGCGGCCAAGCAGAAGAUUCAGCCUCAGAUCAUGAAUUUGUCGCUGGCUCAGGCGAAGAGGCCGAAGAAGAGGACCUAGAAGAUGACCCCGAAGAAGAACCAGAAGGUGAAUAUGGAUCAGAAGCUGGUGCCUAUGACCCUGAUGAAAUGGAGAUCGACGGGAUCGAGAUUACUCCUAGGAAAGCGCGUUCAGGGCGUUCAAUGUCACACCAACAUGAUACAAACCUGAAGAAGCGAAGAGUUGAUGGCACAGUUGCACCAUCCGACGAUGAGACACACAUUCGUGGCAUCAUCGAGCCCAGAGAUCAUUUGUCCAAAGGCACCUACUAUCAUCUCACUUUCGGUCCCGACGACCGAGAUCUGAUGCCAGCCGUUCACUUCCGAAUGCGAUGGAACAAGGGUAUAGACGCCGUCUUUCCAUCUCGCUUCACAUUGGAGGAGACAGAGAAGAAGCCUGAAUAUCUGUACGGGCGCACAUUUGGGGUUCACCCAGAUGAUGUUCUGAAAGAAAGCACACGUGGAUGGGACUGGUACUACGACCGGGACACUGGUGAGAGGUUCCGGAAUAGACAGCGGUUUGAGACGAUUGAAAAGUCACUGGCAUUCCAAAAUUAUCUGCCUCAACAAGAUACGCGAAAACAUGGCAUUUUACUGGGGCCGCAUGAUAAUCAACAGCUAUUCCAGCUGGGCUAUCAUGAGACUUUUGACUUUGGAAAAGCCUGGGAGGCAUCAGGCUCCAAACCAAAAGAGUCUAAAGCUGGGUCUAAAGCUGAGAUCAAAAGGAUUCGGCAAGGUUGGAUAUUGAAUAUCGGUCAAAAGGCACAUUGCAUGGGUUGGGCUCCAAACCAGGAUGGUUUGGCUCAGUAUCUUGCUGUGGCCGCGCCGAUUACUGAUGAUCAGAAAAAUCAGCACAGAUCCGAAGAAAGUGAGCCCAUCUCAUCGUUUCAACCCUCAGAGCCUUUCCCUAGCGCUCUGCAGAUCUGGGAGUUUAAAGGCAAAGCAAGUGAGACUGCUACAAUGACUCUCGAUAUGGACUCCAGGCCCCGGCUUCGACAAGUCUUGUGUGCUGACUGGGGAGACCUAAGACGCAUGGCAUGGUGUCCUUUCCCCCGGACUGGACGAGUGGAGGACGAAGAAGAAGAAAAAGAAUAUAUUGGUUUACUCGCCACAGUUUGGGGGGACGGAUCUAUCAGAGUUCUGGAUAUCAAAAUAGGCAGAGAGUCACAGGAGACAGAAUUCUUGAAAAUCAAAUCGCCUGCGUUCGAGGCAAGACCGCCAGCAACAGUCUGCACAUGCGUCACGUGGCUAUCCCCUAGUGAUGUUGUGGUGGGUUGCGGUAACGGUUUUGUGGCUAUCUGGAAUAUUGAGCCUUCCUUUACGUCUGAACCUCUACCUUAUUCAUAUCGACCAAUCCACGCCACCUACAUACUCGAUAUCACAUCGGCAUACCCGGCCCAUCCCCAAUUAAUCAUCACUGUCUCUAUGGAUGGCGAAACAAAGAUGUGGUCAGCCAUCGAUCCCACCAGGGAAAUUACCUCGACGGGCCGCGUGCGAGGGGCCUCUCCCCACCUCAGCUUUUCUCCCAUCUGCCAGUCCGUUGUUGGCGGGGAUGAAAACGAAUUUGCGCGCAUACUUCCAAUCCGGCGGUUCUUUACCACCACUACCAUUGCGCGGCUUAGCAGCAACGUCUCAGCCAUGGCGCAAUGCAGUAAUCAUCACCCCUGUGCCCUGUUCGGCAGUGCCGCAGGUGAGGUCGUAGGAACGAAUCCAUUCCGACGAGUUGUUUACAACAAGGAGCAGAUAUGGCAGCAGAUAUGGUUCACACAUGAAUGGAUUCCCACCUCCAAGAUGGAUACUGUGGGAACCAGUCGAUUUUAUGACGGAUACCGGGCAGAGAACCAGAAACUGGCAACCUCCAAACUAUACGAGACCAACCCCGUCAGCGGGAUGGGGACAUCUACGAUUUACGAAGAGAAUACACACGUCACAGCCCUCGGGUGGAACCCCAACCGUCCUUGUGCAGCGUGGGCCAGCGCUGCGCUGGGGAUGGCUGUGUUGGUGAAACAGAAGAUCUUCUCGGAUCAUCCUGUCGGUUAA